GAUGCUAAAAGCGGCGCAGACCGGACGGGCGGUUCAUCUGCGUUAACAUGGCUGAUGAAACGGCGAAAGCGCAGGUUGCCAAGCCGGGCGGCGACACAAUAUUUGGGAAAAUCACACGCAAGGAGAUUCCUGUCAACUUCAUCUAUGAGGAUGAUCAGUGUGUCGCCUUCCCCGAUGUUGCUCCUCAAGCUCCCACUCACAUCCUUGUCGUCCCAAAAAAGCCAAUAAUGCAGCUGUCACAGGCAGAGGAUGGUGAUGCUGCAUUGUUGGGCCACUUGAUGAUCGUUGCAAAGAAGUGUGCUGAGAAGGUGGGCCUGUCUAAAGGUUACAGGAUUGUCGUCAAUGAUGGGGCAGACGGAGGCCAGUCGGUCUACCACAUACACCUACAUGUCCUGGGUGGCCGCACUAUGGGGUGGCCCCCCGGCUAACUGCUGUCUGCCAGCUUAGACCAUCCUGCCAUCAGUGUGUCACAUGUGUUGUCUGACAACUAACAACAGUUUGUCAUGUGAAAUACUAUAAAAGUCAUAACCUGGAAAUUCAUCACUGGUAAUAAAAUAAAUUUCACAACAACAAA